CGUGACUUUGGCGUUUACAAGUGAGAAGUAGGUUGUUCAAAGUGUUUAGUGAUUGUAAUGUAAAUCAAACUGAGUUGUAAAUGCAUUUUAAAAUUCUUUAGAUAUGACCAUUUGGCGCAAAAGCGGCAACCGGAACAAAGUCGGUGUUGCUGUAUACAACUACAGAGAGAAUGGACCUCAUCGUCUCAGUCUCGACAUCGGUGACACUGUCGUCAUUCUCGAAGAAACUGACGAGUGGUACCGUGGAUAUGUCAUCAGUGACAAGACGAAGAGUGGAAUAUUUCCAAAGUCCUACAUCCAUACUAAAGAGACGACCGUGGAGAUCAGUGGAUCAAGGGAGACGAUAACUGUCAAAGAACUUCCAAUUGUCACAGAAAUGACUUUGGUGUUGAAGGAAUGGCACAGUAUAUGGAAACAGAUUUAUGUGACACAGGGAGAAGACCUGGACAAGAUCAGUGAAAUGAUAAAUGAGUUGGUUGAUUGGAGGCGGAAGAUCUUAUCGCAUAAAUUGACCAAUGAUGAACUGAAAGCUUUGCAGCAAGAUAUCACAGCAAGAAUAGACUAUGGAAAUGCUCUUCUAAAUUUGGACCUUGUUGUCCGAGAUGAGUUGGGAAAUGUGCUGAAUCCAGAGGUCACGAGUGUGAUUGAAGUUCACAGAAGGCAUUGCUUAGCAGCAGAGAGAAUAAGAAAAGAAACGCAAACAUCUAUAAAACCUGAGAAUGAAUGCCGAGCUUCAUCCUUUCCUCACACAUUCAAUCUUUUUGUCAUGCUACGCAACUUUGUGUGUAAAAUUGGUGAAGAUGCUGACAUUUUGAUGAAUCUCUUUGAUGCAAAGGAACAAAAGUUUAUAAGUGAAAAUUUCUUGGUGAAAUGGAGUAAGGAAGGUGUGCCAAAAGAUAUAGAAAUGCUCAACAAUUUCAGGGUUGUUUUCACGGAUCUGGGCACAAAAGACAGACUGAGAGAAAAGGUGUUUCUUGUGUUUCAAAUAGUUAGAAUAGGUGUUAUGGAUCCGAAAGAUGCCGACAGUAAAAAACAAACUCAAGGCAUCAGACGGCCAUUUGGUGUUGCAGCAAUGGAAAUAACAGAUAUCAUUCAAGGGAGACAAACAUGCCAUGAAGACCAGCAAUUUUUCAUCCCAUUUCAGCAAUGUGGAGAAAAAGAGUUCAUGGAAAAUGUGAUCAAGAAAGUCAUUGUUGCCAAGGAGAUCAACCACAAAGGUCAAGGUCUCUGGGUUUCCAUGAUCAUUUUGCCAGGUGACAUGAAACAGGUGCAUGAAGAUUACCCUCAUCUGGUUGUCACUGGGACACCGGUUGCUAGGAAAAUGGGAUUCCCUGAAGUCAUCCUGCCGGUGAAUGGUGAUGUGAGAAAUGAUAUAUAUGUGACACUGAUGUACGGAGAAUUCACAAAAGGUCCCACCAAGACAACAGACAAAAAUGUUGAGGUGUCAAUGGUCGUUUGCAACAGCCAAGGAGAUAUUCUUCAGAAUGUGAUUAGUCACGGCUGUGGUCAGUCGAUGAUGUCUGAAUACAAGUCCAUGAUUUACUACCACGAAGACAAACCCAAGUGGUAUGAGAUAGUGAAGGUUGCUAUUUCAACAGAAGAAGAUUUUCGAGGUCUGCAUCUUAAGUUUCAGUUCAAACACAAGUCUUCCUCUGAAGCGAAGGACAAAUCUGAACGUCCCUUUGCGAUGUCAUUUGUGAAAUUACUAAAUGAAGAUUGCACCACCUUAAAAGACUGCACACAUGAGCUUAUUGUCUACAAGAUUGAAAGCAAGAAAGCUGAAGACACUAAAGCAUACUUUGAUCUACCGUCUUGCAAAAAGGACCUUGAAUUACGUCAAGGCAACCGCAUCCAGAUCCAGUCAGGGGCAUACUCCAUCAGCCACAAAGACUACUUUUUCAUCGAAUCGUAUGUUUGCUCAACUAAGCUCACACACAAUGUUGACCUCUUGGGUCUGUUAAAAUGGAGAGAAAUCCUGAAUGAUACAGAGUCGUUGAAACUUCAUCUUCAGCAGCUGAUGAAAACUGAGGGUGAAGAAAUUGUAAAGUUCCUUCAAGACUUGUUGGAUUCUUUAUUCAACAUUUUGAUGCAAAACACCAACUCUGAGCUAUGUGAAGAUCUUGUCUUUGAUGCUCUGGUGUACAUCAUUGCACUGAUCUCAGACCGGAAAUACAACCAGUUUCGACCAGUACUUGAUGCGUACAUAGAAAGCUUUGGCUUCACAAUGGCAUACAACAAAUUGAUGUUUAUUCUGAAGGACUACGUGGACAAAGCGAAUGAGAAGAACCCCAGACCAGAGGAGCAGUCUGAUCAGCCACUGCUUCGUGCGAUGAAGUCUUUAGAAUACAUCUUCAAGAUCAUCAUCCGCUCACGGCUCUCAUUCUCAAUGAUCAAUGAAGGCCGUGGCAAGGAGCACUUUGCCAACACUCUGAAGCAACUGAUCCAGUCUAUCAGCAACAUGAUGAUGUACACCACAGACCACACCCUGCUGGUUCAGGGAGCUGCUCUAAAAUACAUCAGUUCAAUUAUUGCAGAGGUUAUCACAGUGUUUGAUCCACUGGAACUAAGCCACUUAAUGGUGCAGUUCAUCAACAGUGUACCAAAGGAUCGCCUGACUCGUCAGAAAAUGAAAUGUGUUGAUGACCUCAUACACACUGCUCUGUUCAAAAUGCAAGACUGCCGGCUGGUGUUGCUGGGUCCGAUACUGCAGCACACAAUGGUGCUGAUGGAGCACAACGAAGAGAUGGAAGACUGCAUCAAUGUGAUGAGCGACAUCAUGGCAACUCUGUGGGCACCUGAGAAUGGUCCAAGUGAAAGUGACUUGUAUGUGAUCAUGCAGACCAUCCUGAGAACAGUGAUCCAGUCCGUUAUCGGUAUGGACCGUAACUCCAAAAUUGUGUCAGUCACAAAACCCGAAAGCUGUUCCAAGAUUGCGCAAUUCUUUGGACACCAGCCCCCACAGGACAUAUCUUAUAAUUGGUUAAAUGGCAACUGUGUGGCAGUGAUGAUGAGCAUACUGCGUCAGAUGACGGAGAACCACUACGUGAGCUACAUCAACAGUUUCACCACGACCUACGACGUACUGGACUUUCUCAUGGAGAUCAUUCUCGUGUUCCGUGAUCUCAUCAGCCGCAAUGUGUAUCCGGAGGACUGGGUGGAGAUGAUCCUGCUACAGAACAGUGUCAUGCUGAGAGCACUAAGGUUCUUUGCCAGCACCAUUCAUGAGAAGUUCUCAAAUCCAUUUGAACAGCAGCUGUGGAACAACUUCUUUCACUGUUCCAUAUCUUUUCUCACGCAAGAUUCAUUGCAACUGGAGCACUUUUCAGGGGCAAAAAGAGAAAAGAUCAUUGCAAAGUACAAAGAUAUGCGAAGAGAGACUGGUUUUGAAAUUCGUUCCAUGUGGUUUAAUUUAGGUCACAACAAGAUCAACUUCAUCCCAGCAAUGGUAGGCCCCAUUCUAGAGAUGACACUGAUUCCAGAAACUGAACUCAGAAAGGCCACCAUUCCAAUAUUCUUUGACAUGAUGCUGUGCGAGUUCAACCAACCAGUACCCAACUCAAACAGAAUACAGGGAAAUUUCCAUGAGGUUGAGAAUGAGAUGAUAACACAGCUGGAUGCACUGGUGGAAGGAGGCCGGGGAGAUGAGCAGUACAUGGACCUCAUCUUUCAGAUUCUGUAUCACCUGUGUGACGGUCACUCGACGAUGCAGGACCAGGGUCUGGUGUUUGUCGAGACGGUCAGACGUCUGCUACAGAGACUGCUGGAGUACCGACUCAUCAUGCAGGACGAAAUCAAGGAACAUCGGAUGAGUUGCAUUGUCAACCUGCUGGACUUCUACCAUGACAUCAACAGAAAAGAGAUGUACAUCCGGUACCUACACAAACUGUGUGACCUUCACCUUGAGUGUGACAACUUCACUGAGGCAGCCCACACCCUGCUGUUGUACAGCAGACUUCUACAGUGGUCAGAUGAUGGUCUGCCGCCCAUGCUAAACAAUUCCAAGUAUUCUAGCUCACUUAGUCAGCGAGAGCUGAAGGAAAAGAUCUACUACGACAUCAUUUCAAACCUUGAUAAGGGAAAGAUGUGGGAGACUGGCAUUGAAAUGUGCAAGGAGCUCGCUCGAAUGUAUGAAGAGGAGUUGUUUGAUUACAAAAGUCUUAGUACCAUUCUCAAACGCCAGGCUGAGCUGUUUGACUGCAUUAUGAACCAGAUGCGACCCGAGCCCGAGUAUUUCAGAGUUGGUUACUUCGGUCGAGGAUUCCCGUCAUUCCUGCAGAACAAAGUAUAUAUCUACCGGGGAAAGGAAUAUGAACGGCUGGCAGACUUCAGUGCAAGAAUGCAGACGUUGUUUCCCAAUGCUGAGCUCAUGAAGACAUUGGAUGCUCCUGGUCAAGAUAUCGUAGAAUCUCAGAAACAGUAUCUUCAAAUCAAUGCAGUUAGUCCUGUAAUGGAGUUGAAACCAUGCUUUUGUAACAAGCCUAUCACUGAACAAAUACUCAAAUACUACAGAGUGAAUGAAGUGCAGAAGUUUACUUAUUCACGCAGAACAGAAGAGGGUACAGAUGUGUCGAGAAUGUGGUUGGAGAGAACUAUCAUGGUGACAUCGUAUCCACUACCUGGAAUUGUUGGGUGGUAUCCAGUGACUGCCACAGAAACAUAUGGUGUGAGUCCACUGGAGUGUGCCAUAGAGACAAUAGAGAAAACCAACAAGAAACUCACCAUGGCCAUCGACCAGCAUCGACAGGAUCCAGCGUUGCGAAUUGACCCACUUGGAAUGCUGCUCAAUGGUGUUGUUGACCCUGCUGUCAACGGAGGUAUCUCAAAGUACAAGGUGUUCUACAAUGACGAGUAUCUGCUCACAAAUGGCACUGAUAAGGACAGAGACUAUGUGGAGAGGCUGAAACAACUCACCACAGAACAGAUUUCUUUGCUACGAGAUGCCUUGUUGGUUCAUCGAAGGAAGGCUCCAGAAACACUAAAGCCUUUUCACACACACAUGGAGCAACGCUUUGCAGAAAUGUGCACCAUUAUUGAGAGAGAAUACGGCAUCAAGGUUUCUGAAAGAGGAUUUAAAAGUUCAUCUUUGAAAAAUCCCACUUUCCAACGUCUUGGGUUUGAUGUUGCUAUUAAAGGCAUAACCAGUGGAGGACUGUCAUUACGACGGAAUCACUCGAUGCCCGUCAGUGCCGACCGACACAGUGAAGUCAGCCUUACAAGUCCCAGUGCUUUGUCAGAUGCGAGAAGGAUGAAAUAUAAAAGAUUAAACUAUGCAACUCCAACAAAGACCGGCUUACCAGCUGGCCGGUCCCAGUCGGUGUGGGUGAAAGCAGACAAGGUCAGUCCCUCCCCAAGCAAAUUGAGUCUCCAGUCGAAAAUGGGAAACAUCGUAAAACGGGUGUCCCAAGUGGGGGAUCAGUUCUCCAGCUCUGGCCAGCACCGCAACUCUUUUGAGCAACCCAUUGAGUUGAAUGAGCAGAAAACAUCCAAAUUCUACACCAUCCUAACAGAAGGGUUGACAACAAGACGACCUCCGCGACCCGACUCGACUGAGAAACGUCAAAGCAGUCGACCUCCGAGUAACCAGUUCCGACCGGAUCAGCUGCUGAGCACCAGUUCUCUCAGUUUGACUUCCACCCAGAGCGGCCUCACCUUGACUGAUACUAGUGAUGGUGAUUUUUCAUCAGACGAACCUCCACCAUUGCCCGAAAAGCACAGUGUCGACUACUCCAAUAUCUCAGCGGAUAUCAUUCCUGCUGUUCCCCGCAAGUCGAUAUCCUCCGCCAACACCCACAAGAACAAGCCUGUACCUGCACUGCCUGAAGACAUGAACGGUGCCAUGCCACCUGUGCUGCCUAGCAAAUCUUUUGUGCCUGACAAACCACCUGUGCCCGAGAAGCCAGCUCUUCCUCCUAAAUGACUCUCACCCCAGCUUACCACGAUCUAAGACUGUUGUGUGCUUCAUGCCACCAAACGAGUGCAUGACUUGGUGCUAUUGCUGCUCGAUGUCGCAUGGUCGAGUGUCGGACUGACUGACCACCUGUCUGAGAUGGACUGUUGUUAACAUAUUCUGUUAUUGGCUUAUUAAUAUUCUUCACUAAUGCAGCAUGAACUGGUGGGUUAUUUUCACUCCCCGUGUUUUAAUUCACAGUCUUUGAAAUAGGUGACAGAUGUUGGGUCGUGGGAUGGACAUAAAAAAACAACAACAAAAAAACAACUGUAAAUGAAAUGUGUUGAGUGCGUUGUUAAAUAAAAUAUUUCCUUCCUUUUUAUGUCCACGUCAUGCUUAAUUGUAAGAGCAGCUUUGUUUGCAGUAAACUAUUAACAGGGGUGGGAAUUCUCCUCAGAUCAGCUGUUUUCCUCUCAUGGAACAUUGCGUUUCCUCGCAUUUUAAUCAUCCUUUCCUCUAAAAUGUGUCAGAUGGCACAGAUUUUAACCUAGGGUUUCAAGAAUUUCCGGGACCCCUCUAGAUUUCCUCUUUUUUUUUACAGUUCACCAAUUCCCACCCCAGUAUUAAAAACAAUUUAAUCUAGUGAUCAGUUGAGCUGUCUGUAAGUAAAUUCAACAGGUUAAGAAUACACAAUGGUAGUAGAUUCCCAAAUAAGGUUGAGAAUGGUUAACAUAUUACAUAGAGUUAUAACAUUAAUCACUUGAUGACAAAUCAUUCAUUGUGGAUUAUGUUAAAAUGACAGCAACACAUUUUAUCACAUGGUACAUCAUGCCAGAACUUAAGUCGAGUAGAAAGCUGAUAAUUGCACCUCCCUGUCACUUAUUUCUAGUGUUGAUCAGUCUGUUUCAGUUUUUAAUGAGCAAAUUAUUAUUUAAUACAUUCCAACACUGAUAAAGUAAAAUUCACCCAACAGCUUUCUACUGUACACUGGGACAUGGCAUGCAAUAAUGGAGCUUGUUAAUAUACCAAACAGAAUUUCUGUGCCAAAAUUAAUGUGGAAAUAUUAAUAUAUACCCACAAAGUGUUUUAAUAUACACUCGCUAUUCUUUGACUGUAUCACUGUUUGUCAGUUGUUGCACCCUAAUGUAAAUGUAUGUUGAUGUGACAAUGGACUAUGUAACAUAAUGUUGAUGUGACAAUGGACUAUGUUGAUGUGACAAAGAACUAUGUUGAUCUGACAAUGAACUAUGUUGAUCCGACAAUGGAACAAUGUUGAUGUGACAAUGAACUAUGUUGAUGUGACAAUGGACUAUGUUGAUGUAACAAUGAACUAUGUUGAUAAUGAACUAUGUUGAUGUGACAAUGGACUAUGUUGGUGUGACAGUGGAACAAUGUUGAUCUGACAAUGAACUAUGUUGAUAUGACAAUGGACUGUUGAUGGGACAAUGGACUAUGUUCAUGUGACAGUGAACUAUGUUGAUAUGGAGAGGACAAUUGACUAUGUUCAUGUGACAGUGGACUAUGUUGAUAUCGACUGUGUGUCAAAAUAGAUAUGUGACAUCUUGUAUAUCUCAUUUCUUUUUAAUUUGGUUGGCAUGAAUGUGAAGAAGAAUAUUUUUUUUAAAGAUUUUCUUUAAUGUUUGAUACAUUUGCCCAACGUCAAAUCUAUGAGCCCAGUUUCUUGUAAAUAGUUUUCAUUGACAAAAUUACUUUUGUCCAUCUGGGGUAUAUCCAAAGCAGACCAUAAUUAUAUAUUUUUAAAAAAAGACUCCUGCAGUUGGGAGGGAAAGGUUUGCAUAUGCCCCUCCCACACUCGUGGAAAACAAAAAGAAAAGAGAAAAAGUUUUCUUUGAGAUAUAACACUGUUCUAUGAUUCUUUUCUUUGAUACUGCCAUCCCUCUUGGUUCAGGUUAGGGAUGGCUUUAUCAAGCACAUGGAACAGUCAAAGUCUGCUCUCAGUAGCUACCUCACAGGUAAAAUACUUAAUGAUUCUUUCACACAUGGUCUUCAUUUAAGCUGGGUGCAAACAUUGAAAUAAUGUUGCCUGGAUUGUAUGGGGUUUUUUUUAAAUCCAAUUUUGAUACAGUGGAUGUCUGGGUUUUGGAGGAUUUUAUUUUAAACAUGAACACUUCACUUUCGGAAAAAAAAACCAGGUGGAUGGCAUUUUGAAAAAUGUAACAAAAAUAUGUGGUCUCGUAGAGUUUUGUAACUAUAUUGUUCAUGGACAUUUUAAGUAUUUUAUAUAGGCACACUGUAUUUCAGAUCUUUUAUUCUCUAUUUUAUAACUUUAUACAUUAUUGGACGCCAUUGUGUAACCAUUUUAUUCACUGAGUGACAUAAACUUGGCCUCUUGACUAAAAAGAGUAUUACACAAAACUUUUAUCAGAAAAAGAUAUGUGGGUUGAACUUAGAAUAAAUAGAGACUCUUGGCAGCAAUUCGUAUUUGGAGCCCUUAUGGGUAUUUUAUAUGGUAUGUUUUUGUAUGCUACUACGCACGUGUCUAUUUUUUAUGUAUAAAAGGCCCCGAUGGAGCCAAAACAGCUGCCACAUUUUGUCCUAGUAUUUAGUGCUACAAGAUGGACAUUUUUGUUUGUUUGUCAGUUGUCGACUGAAAAAGGAAAAUUAAAAUACACAAGCCAUGGACAAGAGAAUUACUCAUGUCAGUGUUCUGAACGAAAGACUAUUGUUAUAUAGAGCUAUGUUGCUUAUCUUGCUAUUCUUUACACAUAACAUUCAGCACACAUAUCCAUUACUAGUGGAACAUUUACAUUGUUAUGUUUUUGAUGUUUAGAAUUAUAUAUGUUAAACUUGUAAAAAUGUAGUUUUUUUUAUAGUCUUAUGUAUUUUACUACUAUUAUUAUAGCUUAUAUAAGUUGGAAAAAUCAAAACCCAAUUUGAAUUGAUCUUUUGUUUUCUUUUUCUUUUCUUGUUUUUUGAAGAAAAACCCCCAACUGUUUAAAUAUGUAAUGUUGAAUUUGAAUUAUUAAAUGGAUUUUAUGUAAAUCAGUGGCCAAUGUAUCUCAAAUGCUUAAGAGCUUAAUAAAAUAGCAACAAUACUGGUACAAUUAUCAAGAUAAGUGCAUUUUUCUAAUCUCUUUAUUGAUAAUAUUGCACCGGCCUCGGUGGCGUCGUGGCAGGCCAGCGGUCUACAGGUUGGUAGGUACUGGGUUCGGAUCCCAGUCGAGGCAUGGGAUUUUUAAUCCAGAUACCGACUCCAAACCCUGAGUGAGUG